CUUCAUGGCUCUUCCGUCGUGGCUUCCAUUCGCCAUUUUCUCUUGUAGCGUGCAGUACUCUCGCGAGUUCUUUCGUAGUAAAGUUUGUUCAGAAUAUAGAAAUAAUUAAAUUGUGAUAGAAUAGAGGAAUAAACAUCGCGAAUAUGAGUUACGGUAGACCACCGCCGCGUAUCGACGGCAUGGUGUCUUUAAAAGUUGAUAAUCUUACGUAUAGAACGACGCCAGAAGAUCUCAGGCGUGUAUUCGAAAGAUGCGGUGAGGUUGGUGAUAUCUAUAUACCACGAGAUCGUUUUACCCGUGAAAGUCGUGGUUUCGCUUUUGUAAGAUUCUAUGACAAGCGCGACGCAGAGGAUGCAUUGGACGCUAUGGAUGGUAGAUUACUUGAUGGUAGGGAACUUAGAGUUCAAAUGGCACGAUAUGGACGACCUACCUCGCCUCAUAGAAGUCGUGGAAGUCGCAGACGUGGAAGGUCACGUAGUCGUAGCAGAGAUCGCAGACGUUCUCGUACACGAUCACGCAGUAGAUCUCGUAGUCGUGAUAGAGAUCGUAGACGUUCCUAUAGUCGGAGUCGUAGUCGUUCUCGUUCCGACAGUAAAAGCUCCCGUGGAAAGUCUCGCUCUCGCAGCAAGUCUCAAGAAAGGCAGAAAGACAGCCGUUCCAAAUCAAGAUAAGAUACUGGAAUAACAGGGCAUGAGUACAAGCAAAAAGAUCCACAUCCUCCGAUCCACCAUAUUAUCUGUCUUGAGAAGAGAUUGAAAAAGGUAUUCUAUUACUCUAUACCUACAGCACCUCUGUAACAUAUUUUCAUUCAGAGUGUCAUUUAUAUUUAUACAUUAAUUCUGACAACGUAUUGUUCUGCGGUUUUUUUGUAGAAAAAAAGUAAAAUCAAGUUUAUUGUAUUACUUUUAUGCUAUGAGUCUAACUUUACAAAAUUCUUAGUUACAUGUUUUAUUUGAUUUUUACUCCAUUAAGCAUUAUUGUUUAAUGAAAUACUUUUGUAUGUUUGAAAGGAGAGAAAUCUUGUAAUUUUCCUUUGUAAAGAGACUUAUUAAUUGCAAUUUACUGUAUAUCUUAUAAUUAUCAUCAAAAUUAUAUUGUAUUUGAUGGCACUUGUACUACAUUCUAUAGGAAAUAUCACCUAUCACUAAACGUUUAUGAAUAGUAACCUGUGUUUAUUAAUAAUAGAGUCACUACUAAUAGUUUACAUUAGCAUUUCAUAAUCAGGUUUGAGAGAGAACUAAAAUGAGUAAUUUCGUUAUAGUAUUUCUUUUAAAUUGCAAAAAAAUAAUCUCUCGUUCGUUUGUAGUCAUGCACGUGUGCGCGUACGCGUAUUAUAGAUAUAUAAAUGCAUAAAAGGGGAUAGGGGAGAGAGAAAGGAUCUACAGAAAGAGUAGUAAAACACCACUAUAUUGUACAGGUCUUUCCAAACCAAUUCUAAUGAUCAUCAAAUACACUCAAUGAUGAUAAACCUGUACCUCCUCGAUGUAUAAGCAUUGAAUGAUAUCUUCGAUUCAUUCGAUUUCUUUUGUACAUAGCGGAUGGACAUGUUCAUUGUCGAUUAGUGUAUGUACAUAUAAUAUUGUUUUAACAAUGUUGAUUAUUUGACAACAAAUUGAUAUUUUGAAAGCUUAAAAAAAAAAAAAAAAAAAAAAAGAAAAGAAAAAAAAA